AUUCUGCGCUAUUUCAUACCACGUGUGCCGUGUGUUGGUCAAUAUGUGUAAAUUUUUCUCCUAGACUCUCAGAGAAGCGUGUAUUUUACGUAUUCUCAAGUAAUCGGAGAGAUAUAUUUAACUAUCGUACAACAGUACGAUUAAGAUUUUCUGGAAUUGUCAGGUAAAUAGAUACAUUUAAUCCUUAGUUUUUGAAAGGCCACCAUCUUUGCUCUUUUUUGGUUAUAAUUGAAUAUAUACAACUGCUUAUCGACAACGCAUACAUAAUGUAAUAUUUCAUUAACUAUUUUUCAGUAAGAAUAUGUCGAUUAGGAAUUGUUUGGUUAUAUCCGUUCCCGUGUGUGCAGUGAUCGUAGCAUUAAUUUGGUUUCGUAGAAAAAAAUUCAAAGAAAAGAAUAACUCUAAUAAAGACAAGGCUAUAAUGUCAAACUCUGAAGAAAAGAAAUUAACUGACAGCGAAAAACCGUUAAAAGAGGGAGUUAAACCCGAAGAUAUUGAUUCAAAGCACACUUUCAAUACAUCUGAGAAUCAAAAAUCAACUAAUGAUAGCAAUCCAACAAAUAAGGGUGGUUUGAUAAGAAAUCGUAAUUUAGAAUAUGAAACCUAUUCAGAUGAUGAGCAAACUGAUGAUGAACAUCUUGAUGAAAAAAACGAAUCGGGCGAAUACGAAAAACUCAAAUGGCCAGCGGUAAGACCUCAAAGUGAAAUCGAGAGUGGGUCGGAUGAUUCACCGAAGCUCAGAACAUCUAGUCGGUCAUCAUGGGCAGAAGAAGUUGAAAAAUUCGAGUCAAUUGACAACAAGAAAAGUUGUGUGCAAGAACUAUCUACUUUUCCUGAAACUGUGGCUGAAUCGGAGGAGGUGCUUGAAAAUGAAGCUGACAAUGCUACUCCUACCUCAGACACUGAAAAAGAGUCGCAAACCCCCUCAAUCUCAGAUAAAGACGGUACUGUGAAAAAUAUUGCUCAAGUUCAAAAUGAACAUUCUGAUGAUCCUUUGGAUGCGUCUCAUGUAAAAGUAUAUAGAAAGAAUACCACAUCUUCAGAGUUUAUUAGUCCUAUGAAACAAAAGACAAAGAUAAAAAAGUCGAAGCGCGUUAACUUUCAACUUCAACGCAACAGUACGAGCACAAACAAAAAAGUAACUGAAAAUGAACAGCAUUUAAAUGAGGCUAAAGCUCCUAAAAAACACAAAAAGGUUAUUUUAAAGACAAAAGGUACUACUGAAUCAAAAAGUGAAGAAACAUCAACAUUAUCAAACGAGGCUUGUGCUUCCAAGGAAAAUAAACACGAGCCUUGCAGUAGCAAUGACGAGGCUGAGUGCUCAAAUGACAGUGGCAACGGAGCCAGUGGCAGUGAUGGAGAAUUUAUAAUUCGUAUUGGAGGAAACAACGAUGUCGAUGAUGGCACUGAGCCUGUACGACGUCAUACAAUUAACUUUCCUUCAGAAUUGGUUGGACUCUUGAUUGGUCGAAGCGGUAAAAAUGUUGACAGUAUAAUAGCUAGAACGGGAGUUCAAUUGUCAAUGAAACCGAAGGUAUUUGAUAAAGACCAUCAAUUGUGUAUCCUUAAAGGCAGCCCUCCUGCAGUUGAAAGAGCAUUAAAUAUAUUGAAAAAACGCUUCCGAGAAGUUGAUUUGUCUGAUAUUGAUCAAACUCAAGAUGGUCCAAUAUACAACUGGGGAGAUCUUCAUUUAAACUUAACUGAGGGGAAGCACGACGUAGUCGUUUCAAGUGUUUACAGUCCUUGCGAGUUAUUUAUUCAAUUAUCUAGACAUCCUAGCUAUUGCGACUUUCGCAGGCUGAUUGAAUGCAUGAAAUUUGUGUACACUGACGCAAAUACCACAAUUCCUCAAUUACCUCGUCCUGUGCGACCAAAUAUUGUGUGUGCUGCUCCUCUAAAUAAUGGAUGGUAUCGAGCCAUUGUACGAAAAUAUUAUCCCGAGGAAGAUGAGUGUGAGGUGAAGUAUGUCGACUAUGGUGGCUAUCAGAGAGUAUCGUGCUUCACUUUAAGACAAUUACGAAUCGACUUUUUGAGCCUACCUUUCCAAGCAGUCAAAUGUAGACUGGCUGGUUUAAAGAUUAACUCUGGUGCGCCAGAUGACGUUGUGCAAAGAGUAGAGUCUAUGCUACAUGCGCAAAAGAUGGUUGCCUCUGUUAGAGGUUACGCCAAUGAUGAGCCAUUGGUCGACUUAUACAUUCCUGUCGGAGAUACGGAUCUACACAUCAACACUAUAUUGGUUCAACAAGGAUUGGCUUUACAAGACCCUUGCCAAGAUUUAGAGAACAAGGUUGAGAAUACUGAUCAGGAAGAAGACAAAGCAAACGAAAAUGUAGACGAUGAAGAUGAUGAUGAAAAUGAAAAUACUGAGGAAGUUACUACUUCGAGUGAUGUGAAAGAAGAUGUCAAAGUAUGAUGUAUGUUAUUAAGAAAAAAUUUAUAUUAAAAAGGUACAUAUAUAUAUAUAUAUAUAUGAAUGUUAUAAAACUCUUUUCACCCGAGUGGUGGGCCUGUUGCAUUGAUGUGUCAUUUAUAUAAGUUUAAUCAAGUAUAUAAAUAAUAUAUACUAUUUAAUGUGCUUCAAGGUAUUAUUUAGUUGUCAAUACUUUUACGCCUGAAAUGUAAGUAAAACGUACAUUUAAGUAUUGCAUCCAUUGUGUUACAUAAAAUUUUACUUGAAUGCUAGAUAGUAAAAUUCAUUAUUCGAUUGUUUCCUAUUUGACAUUCAUUAACAUUGUAUGAUUUUUCGAGCAUAAUUUGUUUAAGAACUUUUGUAACUUUUUUUCUCCCAAUAAAAAUACUUGCACAGAAAACAAAACUUUAAUGAAAGGUCAAUAAACGAUUAAGAACUACCAAAGAUACAAAACUUGAUAAAGAUUGUAUUUCCGCCAUUCAAGUUCAAUAUUUCCAUACGCCAUCUAGUGUCUACUAGAAACUUAAAAACGAACUUCUUUCAUGUUUCGUUACAAAAGGAAAAGCGAAUAUACACAGUGUAGACUGUUACAAUUUCACUCAAGUAACGCAACACAUCGUUAUCUGACAUCAACAAUCGAAGAAUGUAUCAUUCUACACAAAGAUCAC